GGGAGGAGGAGAAGGAGGGCAGAGGGGAAAAUAGACACAGCUCAGUCAGAGAGGGGUGGGAUGGAUUAGGCUCAGACAGACAGCAGACCGGCUGUCCCAGCCAGGCUGCGCUGAUCCUUCACUCUCCGCUUUGCUCCCUCCUCUUCAUCACCGGCCACCUGCCUCUCCGAGAAUAACUCCCGACCGCUCAGGACCGAGCGAGCCUCGCCGCAGACGGAGAAAGGGCGACAUCCCCCCACAUUCGCUCCGGGCGUUCUUGGCGACGGGGAUUUGUCGUCGUUACCGGCUGAGGAGCGCUCCUGCUUCUCCUACCACCCUCCACCCUCAAAACCUCUCGACUGCCCUCCUACCCUCUACCCUGCCCCGUCCGUCCCCUCAGAAGAAGCCACUUGCAUGGAUGCAGCAUGGCCACGUUCGUCUGCAGGGUUCAGUUUUUAGAUGACACCGAUCCGUUCAACAGCACUAACUUUCCAGAGCCGACCAGACCCCCGGUGUACACCUUCCGGGAGGACAUCCCCCUCAUCAACCAGCUAGCGGGCGUCCAUCGGCUCCUCAAAGCUCCACACAAGCUCGACGAUUGCACACUUCAGCUGUCCCACAAUGGGACCUACCUGGACCUGGAGUCCUCGCUGGCCGAGCAAAGGGACGAGCUGGAGGGGUUUCAGGCGGACGAUGCAGGGUCCAGAGGGAAGAAGCACAGUGUUAUAUUGCGGACCCAGCUGACCGUCCGUGUUCAUGCCUGCAUCGAGAAACUCUAUAACUCCAAUGGACGGGACUUGAGAAGGGCUCUGUUCUCCUUAAAGCAGAUCUUCCAGGAUGACAAGGACCUUGUCCAUGAGUUUGUGAUGGCUGAGGGUUUGACUUGUCUCAUCAAGGUGGGAGCAGAGGCGGACCAGAACUACCAGAACUACAUAUUAAGAGGUUGUUCAUAAGGAAGGUCAAGAAAAUGAGGAAGCUAUUAGAAAUACCCUGCAGCAACUCAUCAAUCCUUUGGUGAGAGAAACUCGCAAACCGAGGUUGAGUUCCACCACAAUCUGCAUCUCUGCUGGCACCACAGAUUCAGAGAGACACUAUGGAGUCUCCAUGUCCACCACUGGUCGUCCUGCAGGCCGAAUCAUGAUUGCUGCAUCCUGCCUUAACUUCUGGGAGGAACAUGUAGCUGAUGCAGUGAUGAGCUGCUAUCCUGUAGA